AUGCUUUACAUAACAAAUGAGAUUCUGUGCGCAUAUCUAGUUUACAAAACCAUUGAUCAUGCUAUUUAUCAACCAAAACUACUUGGUAGUUACUGUUUUGUUCGAUCAUCACUUCGAGAUUAUAUGCAGAAUCAUUUUAUCAACGAUUCGAUUUAUAUUUCAUUAUGCUCAUUUACUAAUAUCGAUGCAUGUCAACACAUUCACAAUCAAACUUUCCUGUUUCGUCUUCACUGGUUUCCCGGCCUUACUUCAGAGCUGAACAAUCUCGUUCGAGCAUUCACCUAUGCAAUACACACCCGACGAAAGUUUCUUGUCGAUGAUCAGUAUUGGAACUAUGGUUCAUUCGCAUCAUUUUUCAACGUCACAAAAGGUCAUUUUUCACCAUGGUUGCCAGCAUCAUCAUAUUGUUCACAGCGACAAUUUAUCCAUCUUAUUAACUAUCAAGAAAAUGGGACUAAAAAUGUUCCUGCACAUUUGACAACAAGCCGCAGUUCCGACGGCGGCUUUACUUAUCUAUCGCGUCUAAUGGCAUUACACGAGCGUGGUAAUGAUACAAUAGCGGUACGACGACUUGUUGUUGAUUAUCUAUGGGAAUCAUUGAACAAUGAAACAAGAUGCUUCAUUGAUCGACAUUUGAGCGCGAUGCAGAUUGAUACAAUCUCAUAUGGAAUGCACAUUCGCAGAGGUGACAAAGCAACUGAAGCAAAACUAUUUGCAGCAAGUGACUACGUCGCUGGAGUCGAAUUUUUCAUGAAACAACAAUCACAGACAAAUUCCAAAAUUCGUAUCUUUGUUGCAAGUGAUCAAUCGAAUGUGAUUGAUGAGUUGAGAAAGCUGAAACCAAAUUGGGAAUUUGUACAGUUACCUGAACAAAAGAAAGGUUCAUCUGGUCACGAUCAAACAUCGUUCAAUCGUUUACCUGAGCAUAUUAAAAUUGAAGCAGGUCGCGAAAUGCUAACAGAAUUGAAGAUAUUAUCGCGUGUGAAGUAUGUUGUAUGUACAUUCUCUUCAAAUGUUUGCCGAUUUUUGCAAGUAUUGCGAAAGCAAGAUGUCGAAACAGUGCUAUCUUUGGACGUUCAAUGGUAUCCACAAUGA